AUCCCCCGGCGCCGGGCCCUCCCUCCCACCCCCCCUUUCUCCUCCCUCCUUCCUUCCCUCCCUUCCUCCCUCUCUCCCUCCCUCCCAGCUCCUGCACCAGGAAACGGCCCGGAUCCCGGCAGCGGCCUGACCCGGCUCCACGCUGGCCAGGAGGAUGAAAGGCCUCAGCUGGGGGCUCCUUGCCACCAGCGCUGGGUCCUAAGAUCUGCCAUCCAGGCUGGCCGCCCGGAUGGCGACCCCAGCCUCAGCCCCAGACACACGGGCUCUAGUGGCAGACUUUGUAGGCUAUAAGCUGAGACAGAAGGGUUAUGUUUGUGGAGCUGGUCCCGGAGAGGGCCCAGCUUCUGACCCGCUGCACCAAGCCAUGCGGGCAGCUGGAGAUGAGUUUGAGACCCGCUUCCGUCGCACCUUCUCUGAUCUGGCGGCUCAGCUGCAUGUGACCCCGGGCUCAGCCCAGCAACGCUUCACCCAGGUCUCUGAUGAACUCUUCCAAGGGGGCCCCAACUGGGGCCGCCUUGUGGCCUUCUUUGUCUUUGGAGCUGCGCUGUGUGCUGAGAGUGUCAACAAGGAGAUGGAGCCACUUGUGGGACAAGUGCAGGAGUGGAUGGUGGCAUACCUGGAGACGAGGCUGGCUGACUGGAUCCACAGCAGUGGGGGCUGGGCGGAGUUCACAGCUCUAUACGGGGACGGGGCCCUGGAGGAGGCGCGGCGUCUGCGGGAGGGGAACUGGGCCUCAGUGAGAACAGUGCUGACAGGGGCCGUGGCACUGGGGGCCCUGGUAACUGUAGGGGCCUUUUUUGCUAGCAAAUGAGAAAGUCCAGGACCGGGUUGGGGUAGGUGUGGCUGGGGGACAGGAGAGCAGGAACAGAACAGAGAAAUGCCCUUGAAAGAAAUGGGGUGAAUGGAUGGGCAUGGCACGGGGAUGGGAUGGGGCAGGGUAGCGUAUGAGAGGGCUGAGUGUGCCAGGCAGGUGGUUGGAAGAGUGGGCUGGAGACCUUGGGGAGUGUAUUUGGAAAGUUAGGGGGCCAGGAGAUGGAGUCAUUCCAGGGUUGGGGGGAGGUGGGAGGGAUUAUUCCUGUAGGUAUAGGUACAGGAAACUGCAACUGGAGCUUGGUUUGCAGCCCUGAGGAAGAUGGACUUGUAUAAGGGGUUGGCAUCUCCUUUGGAUGAGCGAGAUUUGGGGAAAACACAGAAGGCACAUCCCUUUGAAUGGACGCUUGGUUUCUCAGGUGAUAGGGAGAGGUGGCUGUGACAACGGGCUGCUUGGACAUGCGUCUGCAUGUGCGCGCGUGCUCAUGUGCAUGCUGGGCUGCUUGUCUAAUCUGGUGGUGAUGGGAUUCUUCAAGGAGAAAAUAUUCCCUCUUGUAGUGGCAAGAACUAGGGGCAAUUCUCUGCCUCCCCUAACCCCCUUCUCCCUCCUUCCUUUGUCUUGUCGCCUCAAGGCUGAGGGAGAAACACUGUAUCUAGUUGAGGGCUUUGGGCACUUCUCUACAGAAAGUCAUUAGCAGGCCUUUGGAGAGAAGAGCAGUUCUGUAGCUGGCCUUGUUCCUUCAUGGUCCCCCUUCCUUGUGCAUCAUGCACUUGCUGCUGCCUCCUGGGCUCUGACAGAAAGGCAGGGCCGCGGAGCCUGCAGUGGGUAGAGGCUUUGGUAGCUGAGCCUGCCUGCUGCCCUCCUUUCCCACUGGGGCACACUGGUGCCUAAAAGUGUUCCCUAUCCCCGGGACCUUUUGUACCCAAACUUAAAGUCUAAAUUGGGGCUCUAAUUAAUUUUCCUUUUGAGUGUGUGGACGUAAAUCCUGAUCUAGAAUACAGUCUGGGUCCUGCACUGUGUCUGAGACGGUUGAUGCCUCGAGAGGAACAUUCCAGCUCUGAACCCCAUGGAUGUGAGGGUGAUGGGUACUCUGUGACUGGCCUGUUGCGUGUGGUAGGCUUUGGUGCUGCUUUAUCAAGGGCCAGGUAUAUGGGUUCUAGAGUACCUACCAUGAUAUGGAAGCAUUUGUAUUUUCUUUGAAGCCACGCUGUUUGCAUGGGUGUUACUUGUCUGUACCUCAGAGUCUGAGGAUGUUAACUUUAGAGCUCACAGUCCUCCAGAACAGAUUCAGAAUUAUGGCUUUUUCUUUUGAGAAAGAAAUGAUUUCACUCCAGUUGCAUGCCCUGAGCCAGACCUCACUGCUGCACUUUCCAAGGUGCUAAAAUUGCUGCUCUCCAAUGCCGACUUCUUCAGACACAGUGCUCUAGAACCCUGCCCUUGAUCCUGAGCACUGAUCAGCUUAGCUAGACCAUGGUUGACUCUUCUUGGAGAUUUUCACUUGGUCCCAGAAGGUGGCAACAUAGUUGUACUCACUAGAAUGUGGGACCAAAAUUGGCCUCAGGUGUUUAGCCCACACUUUUGCUUUUGAGAGAGGGCUGCACUUUUUAAUGGUAUUUAUAGGGGAGGUGGUAGGCUGCAUGUGCCACUUGGUCUGUUUGUGAGUAUGCCGAUACCAGAAACUCAGAGCUGCUCUGUGGCAGGCAGUUGGGGUGGGGGGGGUCUCUGACUUGCUCAGGACAAACCAGGCCAGUGGUUUUCAAACUGCUUGGCAGAGCCCCAAAGUUUCCUAGGGGUUGCCUCAGGAGUCCUUGGGGGAGAUGAAGGUGGAGAAGCUGAGCAGGCUGGGCUACUUGCCCUCAAACAGAACAGCUCCCCUUGUAGCUGUCUUAUAUAUCGGGGUUCAGGGUAAGAUUUUAUUUGCAUUAAGGGGUUUGCUGCUGAAGAAAAGUUGGAAAACCACUGCUAGAUCAUCAGCUCCAAAUUGGAGCCUGUGCUCCCCCACGUUUGGGGCAGACUCAUCACCCUACCCUCUACCACAGGACUCCUAUCCCUGUUAGCUCUUCUGGGGGGCCUUUAGCAAACAGGGGCGGCAGGGCCCAUGGUUACCAAAAUGCCCUGCUCUGAGGCCUUCACACUUGUGUGGAAGCAGAGGCUGUUUUCUGAAAGUGUAAGAAGCGUGGUCUGGAUUCCCAGAAGCAUAGCUUGGAUGGGACCACAGUGGGCUGUUUUGAACUAUCUUGCCCUUCUUAGAUUGAGGGGCAAUGGAAACCCCAGAGACUCUUCUGUCAGGGAAAAGUAGAGACUCUCUUCUAGAGCCAUAUAGUUCCUUGGGAUUAGCUCUUGGCCAGGAAGGCUGAGUAUGGCUCCCAAUUUUUAAAUCUAUUUCAUUUUUUUUAAAUAAGGGAAAUAAAUCUAAUUGCCAUUUUUCAGAGUUUAAAUAGGUGGAGAGGGUGUUUCUUGCUCUCCAGAGCCCAAAGGGACAAAUAGGAACUUGCUUAGGCCAAGGAAGGAGCAGAAGUAGGGCAACUGGGUCCUGCGAUUAUUAAUCCCAUUCCCCACUUAUCCUAGGGCAUACACUAUUUUACUUUUUUAAAUCAUAAAACAGUGGGAGAACAGAUUUGGUUAGUUUAGAAGAAAAGAAAAAGCUCUAUAAAUAUAAAUAUAUAUUCCUGUAUUUUUAUUUAAUAAUUUAUAAAUACCAAGUUCAUUUGACUUUUAUUUUUGUGUAAUAUGUAAUGGUCGUAUUAAAAAAUAAAUAAAUAAAGCCCAGAAGUUUAAUGAGAAGGACUGAGCAGGGUUUGUGACUUCUACACUGUAUACCCUGGGGUUAGGACAUUUCUUGAUCCAGUCAUCUCUUCGUGAAUUGUUAAGGGCAAGAAUUAGAGUAAUUGAUACUUUGGAAAGCAUUGAGAUAAAAAAUUUUUUUAAAGAAAAUCAGAGUUGUUCCCCUAUCCCCCCACCCUGGCCAAAUGCCCAAAGCCAAGAACUCCAUCUGUGCCAGCCCAAGCCUUAAGAGGAUGUGUGUAUAUGGUACUUUGGGAUGGCCAUAAACAAAAACCAAAAGAAAACUAACCAAAAAUCUUUGCAUGAUGGUAAUCAAGUCCCCAGUUGUGGUUCAGCCUCUAAACAAGAAGUGUGUGAUAAUGAGCAUUUCACUUUCCCCAAUACCCUGCUGCCUACUUCAGACUUAAAAUAAGUCUGGCGAUGAUGGAGCCCCUGCUUCCUUUCCUGGUCCCCUGAGACAUUUGGUUUCAGCCAUUCUAAGGCAAACUGUUAAGUUGAAUGGAAACUACAGGAGUUAUUCAGAUCAUCCCUCUGUACUUCUAGGACCACGUCAAAAUCAUGUCUGACAGAAAUAGUGAUCCUAAUUUUAAAUAACAAGCAGGAAUUUCUAGUCUUUCUAUAAUCUAGUACAAUAAAAUGGUAUUUGAGUUUGUGUUAAAUUGUAGAAAUAUACUGCUUAGAGGAAUCCAGUGUUGCAUUUCCAUUCUCUAUGCAAGCCAUAUUAAAAUCAGAGAAUGGCUUGGUGAACAUGGCACAAGAGGAAAUGGAACUAGAUGUUCUUAAUAGUUAAUAUCAUUAGGCUAUGAUAGCUAGUGCAUUUAUCUGCACUGCAGUGUGAUUGAUUUAAUGAUUGAUUGAGUUAUACUUGCCUAGGUCCACAAAGCAUUUGCAACAUCUUACUAGAACACAAAAAAGACAAUACAAUAGGAAAAUAUAGACUUUUAAAGUAGGGGGUGAAGGAAAAGUUGAAAACAUUACAAUAAAAUGAAAGCAAAGGGAAAAUAAACGCACAGAAAAGCAUUCUAUAAGCAGUAUUAAAGCUAGGCUAUGAAUUCAUUUCUGAGCUUGGCAGCUAAAGCAAAUUGGAAAAUGAUGAGAUUUACAUUCCUCCUAGGAUUUAUAAAGGCCCAUCAGUUACCAAAAUGAGCAAAAGUUUUGUGGCUCUUCUGAGAAGACAUUGAGAGAUAUAGAGGACACCACCCUUUAUAACACCUGACAGCAAAUACGAUGUUGAGUUUUUACACCACUGUUUCUUAUAGAAACACCAAAUGUGGAUUCGGUAGGUCUUAAGCUUAUCACAAUUUAGCCUAAAUAUGCUCUAUGGUGCUAUAGUUUAAUAUAGGGCUAAAUUUCAGACUGUGUAAACAGAUGGAUUGUUUAUCCUUCAGACGGUUUUCUGUGAAUGUUAUUUCUCCAAAUGACACUUUUGAUAAAAGUUAAGCAACAUUUAGUUAAAAUUUUUAGUAAAUGGAUGAACCGUAGAUAUUCUGUGUUUUUACUUAAGGGCAGAUCUUUUGAAAACUUUAAAAGCUGCCUUAAAUGUGGAUACAGGCGAGAUAUAAAUAAAUAUUUUUUAAAUCAACCAGAAAACAUAAUAUAAUGGAAUGCUAUAUAGUUCUUCAUUCAAUCAUUCAUACAUUCAUGCAGUAAACAGUCAAGCAUCUUCUAUGUACUAAGCACAGCUCUAGGCACUGAGAUAGAGAAGUGAACAAACAGGCACAAAUUUCUGUCUUCAUGUUACAUUCUAGUAAGAGAAACAAACAAAAACAAUAUAUUUUACAAUAUUUAUUAACAUAACAUUUCAUGUUAGGUGACAUGCUAUGAAGAAAAAUAAUUCAGUAAGGUGGGCUUGGAAGGUGUAUGGAUUUCAAUGUUAAAUAGAGUGGUAGGGUAGGCCUCUUUUCUAAGGUAACUUUUGAGUAAAGUCAUAAAAAAUGAAAUUGGGUGGAAAAAUCUUUUUAUUGAUAUGGAAAGAUGUUUCUGUAUCUUAUUUGGUAAAAAAAUAGAUUAGAAAAUAAUAUAUACAGUAUGAUUCCAUUAAAUAAAUAAAAUACA